AUGGUACUAACUAUUUAAACAAUAAUUAUUAUUAAAACAAUGGCGUCAAGGUUGUAUCAUACUGGCAUCCGUUUUAGUGCUCACAAUUCAUUCAGGAUGCAAACUAUUUUAUCACUAAAUAGAAAUCUGAGAAAUACUGCAUCACGUGAGACUCUAUUAGCAUUCAAGCACUUUUUUGUGUUACUAUUUUUAGAUGCAUUCUUUGUCAGAAGGACCAAAACUAAUAAUAUACCAGCAUACCUUGAUUACAAAGGUGGUGGAACAAGAACGUUAACAAUUGUUAGAAAAAUUGAUGGAGACACAGAGGUAUCCAAUGGUGGUAGGAGAGUCCAGUUGUUUGAUGCUAAUUCAGAGCAGGACGAUGAAGACUUCUGAACUAUAUUAGUACUGUAAUAGUCUUGUUAUAGUUCAAAAUUUUGUUUUAGUUCUAAAGUUCUAGUUCUCGUACUACUGUACCAUCCUGAAAA